AGAAACUGCACGCUCACAGUUGCAAUGUACUUCCUAAUCAAAGCAAUAGUUGUCACCAUUCUCAUGGUAGUGUCUGUUUGCGCUCAGAACGCCUACAUUAACCUGCCUGCGCCUGGCUCCGAUAUUACUGCAGGCACCAACUUUACUGUGCAAAUAGGCCUCCCGAACAAUCUCACUGGCAGUAAGGAGAUAGCGAUUGUAAUUGCUAUUCAGUCUUGCCCAACUGGAGACUGUCUGCCCAUUAGUGAGGAUAUGGGUACCAUCUUGUACGAAGGCCCGUUCAAUCCUCAGUAUGGGCCGGGCGCGGAAGACCCAUAUGAGGACUUCUCUGUUCAAGUCCCUGCAUCCUUCGCUACCGGGCAAGCACAACUUGGACUUGCUCAUUUUAACCUUAUUGGAGAGCUUUACUGGCCGUACUUACAACUCGUGAAUGAGACUGUUUACGUUGUUUAGGUGACCCUGCACCAAGGCUGUACAAUAUAUAUGAUCUACGCAGUUGAUGUAAUACACGAUGCCUGCCGCGUUGAAAGUUUGUUCCAGAGUGCGGUUGCCCAUCAAAAUAAUCACCAUACCGAUUGGUUCAUGUAAGGCUACCUGUACGAUCUGCAAGGGUUUUCCAUAUCGCUAAGCUGCAUAGCUCGAGACCGGAAUACUGAACCG